AAUAUGACCUUCUUUUUUUCUUCUUCUUCUUUUUUUAUUUACAAAUUACAAACUGUGUGCAUACAGUAUAAAGCUAGCACGCGCUGAAUCCGGUUCCACCGCCUGGUUUGAUGUUCUGAAAAUGAUAUCAGAGCACUUCCGUCCCGGAGGCGACUAUCGUUGACGUUAAUUACCGAUUAAAGUUAGUUCAGGUGAAAAUUAUACAAAUGACAAGGUAUGACUGCAAACUUGUGUGUUAUUAUGAGCGUUGUGUAUCGAUUGAAGUGUCAAUUCCCUUCCUCCUGUCCUCCGUCUCCGACAGACGAGACUCGCUUUGUUUAUAUUCGUUGCUGUAGUAACUUCUGCUACUAUCAUUCAGGAUUCACCCGAUAGUUGGUUUUUCCAAUUCAAUUAGAAUCAUCUCCACAUAAAACUUUCCGAGGCGAUCUUCCCCAAGCGGCUUUGUUUAUCAGUCCGUGUAUAUUUAAAGACAACCAAAUUCCGAUAUUCCAAAAGCUCUUUACUAAUCGCUCCAUGUUGUUUAAUUUAACCGAUAAGCCAAAUAAAGGAGACGCGUGUAUCAAAACACGCCCCUAGGACGGCAGCUUCUUGUCAUCGAUGAGAAUUAACUUCAUUAACCAACGUAGAUAGCCCGUCCACUUCCGGACAGUUACCGUAAUUGUCGGAAAUUAUCGUGUUAGUUUCACAGGACUCGUGCAAACAUCAUGUGGCCCAGCAUCCAUUUGUGAUGUACGCAAUAUCUACGUUUAUCAUAAUAGCACUUAUAAUACCCAUAUAAAGAGCUUCGAACUUGAAAUAAUGCAGAACUAUGGACGGUUUUCAGUUAAUUGUGACCGUUGAAUAUUGCGGAUGUGAAAUUUGUCCUGUAAAUAAGAGGACGAAGAAUGGGGAGAGCAGACGCACGGCGAGUACCUGAGAAAGAUGCCCAGUGACUUUCUAGAAAGAUGACUAGUGACGUGUGUCAAGCCCACAGCAGUCACAUGAUCAAUCAGCAUGGGAUGUCACGUCCAAACUCAAAACGGUACAGUCUCGCUUUCAGUGGGUCUCGACCGAAAACGGAGCAGCCGUCUGUUACGUCUCGUGACGUAACAGACCUGACAGACCAGGAAUCCAUGGUGACCACAGACAGGUCCAGUGUCCUGAAGAGGCCUUUGACCGCAAGACCUAUGACCAGAGGAAACAGGACGUUUGUCACAGUGGACAAAGGUGGACCUAAUGAUACUUUGUAUCAGAACAGUUCGUUGGAAAGAACUUAUAUCAAAACCUUGCAGGGAAACCAUCCCACGCAUGUGCCGUCUGUGAUAAAUGGAUACAAUGGCUACAACUCAAACCACGAUGCCCAGACUUUCAGUGGGAAUAUUCGUGACGAUGAGGAGUACUAUUUGGAUAUGGAUCCAAUCGAAUACUUCUACAGCCCUGUGUUUGAUUUGUAUCCGUAUGGCUACAUGCUGAGUAACCACUCUAAAAAUGUGAAAACGUCAAAGAACCAUUCAUAUAUAUAUCCCCCUAGCGAGGAUAUUGAAAGCAAAGAAAAUGUAGGAAACUCUUUCGUGACAAACAUAAUAUCAGCUGACUCCAACCCCAGACCCCUCAAACCCGUGAGUGAUUUAACCGUAAAAGCAAGCCCUUUCCCUCCCAAGAGUCGUCUCCCCGUCCCCGUGACUAAUCCCAAAUUUAAGAAAGCAGUAUUGAAACACGACCAAAGUCAAACUGUGCAAACUAUCGAAUAUCGCAGGGAUUUGUUUGAACCCAAACAGAAAACGACCAAGAUGGGUCCAUUAACAAACAAUGCAUCAUUACUGUCACCCGGUUAUCAAACAGAGCAAACAAAGGCGCCAAAUAAGCGCAUAGACGUGCUCUCCAACUCCAAAAUCAAUUACGGCGGCGCUAAAAGAAAACAGAAUGAUACAAUGGUAAAAACAGAGUCGUCUAAAUCAAGAUUGGAUGUCCUCCAUCCAGAUCCGGAGGAGAGUUCAAAUAGCGGAUUCGCUGGCGAAUGGGUUAAUCAACGAAUGCGAGACGAUGCGGAUAAUCGACUAAAAUCUCGUGAGAAGUGUUCGAAUAACAGAUUAAUGGAGUAUUCCUAUAAUGCUCCUAAUUACACUGUAUCUAAAAAGCUCUCAGAAUUGAACAUGGAAAAAUCUUCUGCAAACGGAAAACAAUCUGUGAAGUACCAUGGUAACUCCGAGAAGAAUCCAAAGUUCAAUGAUAAAUGGACGUCAUCGGGUCGUGUUUUGGAUAAUCGUUCACUUCUAACAAAACAAAAACCAACUGCAGCAAAUCAACAAGUCCUGUUUAAGCCCAAAGCUCCCGAGAUUUCAAAUCAAAAUAAGUCACGUGACCCGUUCGUUACCAGAAGACCUUUUUCUGAAGACAUUAACAGCGUAAUGGUGAAGGAAAACAAUCAUUCGGGGGUCAAAAUGGACCAGCAUUCGAAUUCCCCUUUCGUCGGAAAAUCCAAGCACCCUUACCUACGAACCGGGAAACAACUGAGUUUGCCGAGAAUCCGGCCGCAGACGGAAAAACCCUCGGUGCUAGAACUCAAAUCGCCCAACUCCCCUCCCAGAAAACUGAAACCAGUUUUAGUCAAAUUUGAUAAUAUGCAUUUCUGAUGAACAGAAUAAUUAUUAUUGAUAUCAAUGAAUUGAAAUAAGAUUGAAUGCAAACAUUAACUACACACACUACAUUGGAAAUGUGCAAUCUGGAUUGAUUGAUCUUAAUAUAUAUGUGAAACAUGCAGGUUCUCUUUAAUCAACGUAAAUCAUAUGUAUACACAGAAUCCCUGUAACAGGCAGACAUACCAGGGGAAGCUUGCCAUUUCAAUCUUUGAGGCACAUUCAUUAAUUUGUUAUUAGAAAAAUGUAUAUAAUGAAUGUCACAAUGGUGCUUACUUUGAAAUCUAUAGAUCAAGAUAUGUCUGACGUCAUAAACUUUAAAGUUGGUUUUUUUUUGGGCCUAAACUGAACUUUUUUGUCUGGAGAAUGUCUCGUUUCAGACGGCUUGCUUGCGCUUUAAAUUCUAAAUACAGAUAUGUAUUGUCCCUUUUUUUCACGCGUCCUGUGGUCAUUGUUUUAAAUGUUGGAUGGAUGCGUUAUUUCACACAAAACAUUGCUACAGACAUGAUGUGGUUUGUUUGAAACUCCAAUGGAUGGAUGUGGUAAAGUGUAAGAGUUCGUGAAAAUUAAGGAGGAGAAAGGCCGAUGCGUGUACGGUAAUAUCGCUAAUUAAAGCUGACUUUUCCCACAAUAUCACCCAACAUCAAUGCUUUGUCGGUCACCUGAUGAAUCGAUAGAAUAUAUAGCAUAUGUUUCCAAAUCUGACACGUGUCAUAGAAUCAUAUUUUCCCGUAGCAAUUAGCCGAAUCCUCAUUCAAUUCACCAAAAAUUUCACCAUAUUAGAUAAAUCUCGUUUUGUACAAUGUGUGAAUACUUUUGGCAUUUAUUCCAGGUGUAAACCCAGCCUAACAUUGAGUGAUCAGACGCAUUACAACUGCUAAUGAAUUGUAAUAAAUUGUGACGUAUACUGGUA